AUGAAUAGAGGAGAAAAGGAAGAAGAAGAAGAGAUAGUUUGCCUAGACGAGUCUUUCUUUAUCAGUGACAAUUACCAGUUAACCACUUUCACAUUCGGUUCUCAAGUUAUUGAGCUCCUUUGUCUUCACUCUGCUUCAACUGAUUUUGAUUUGACCGGGCAACUGGUAUGGCCUGGUGCCAUGCUUUUGAAUGAUUAUCUUACAAAACAUGCCGAGAUGCUACAUGGAUGCUCUAUUCUUGAGCUGGGUUCAGGUGUAGGGGUCACUGGAAUACUCUGCAGCAGAUUUUGCCGUCAACUUGUGUUAACUGACCACAAUGAUGAAGUGAUUAAGAUCCAGAAGAAAAAUAUCGAGCUCUGUGCAUCUUCCAUGAAUCCUAAUUGUUGUGCUGAGCUAGCGACUGAGAAGUUAGAGUGGGGCAAUUCUGAUCAUAUUGAUCAAAUUUUACAAAGAUAUUCAAGGGGAUUUGAUCUGAUUCUUGGAGCUGACAUCUAUAUCCUUCAGUCAAGUGUUCCUUUGCUUUUUGAUACAGUGGAAAAGCUACUUCGCUUUCGAGGAGGACAAUGCAAAUUCAUCCUGGCUUAUGUAUCCCGAGCUAAGACCAUGGAUUCGUUGAUUACAAAACAAGCUGCCCAGCAUGGAAUGAGGAUGGUUGAGGUUACUGGGACACGUUCUGUGGUUGGAAAUCUUGAAGGAGUCAUUUUUGAGGGACUCAAAGAUGGAAAUAAUGUCGACGCGAUUCUUCGGCUAUCAUCCUGUCAAAAUCGAGCACUCACAUUAAAGGAACUAUUGGACUUGACAUACAAGAUGAGAGUUGAUAAGAACAAGCAAGAAAAAGCACAUCCUCCAUAUAGUGGCUUAGGCCUAAAAGUAUGUUCAGUAGUUUACUCACAAGAAAUUUCUUGGAAGAUCACGGAAAAAGAAUUCCUAAGUGAAAUUUUGAAACCAGCUUAG